CUACCUACGAGGCGGUUUGAGAGUCACGCAGCACCUCAAAAUCGUUUGAUUCCGUAUAUUGGUUUUUAAUAUUUAAAUAAACGAUAAUAAUAAUAGUUUCAAUCGAGCGCGGACAAUAAAAAAAGGACAGUGAAGAAGCUUCAGAAUGAAUCCUCAACUAUCGAUCGUGUUUCUGACAGUUGCGUUGGUGUUCGUCAAUGCCCAGAGCAUCGACGAUUGUCUUCAGCAAGACAGUAUAUCCUGCGUUCAACGUAGCCUCUAUCGCAAGGCCAAGGAAUUUUUUGAUAAAGACAGCCUCGAACUCGUGAGCGGUGUUAGCCUCGUUCAAUCCGCCAACGGUGGUGAAAGAUCCGCGAGGACUUCCAAAAAACUCGUCUACGACCAGGAAAUCGCCGCCGCUUCUGAUGUCGCUGAGCGACAAAACGUCUUGGAAAACUUCAUUGGUGACGAAGCUGGCAAUUUCCUUACCGGGCGCAGCUUAAGGAUCAACUUUGCACCGGCAAUCACCAAGAUCGGUGAGUCGGCACGUGCCAUGGUUGAUUCCGUUCCGGAAGAAGUUAAACAAGCAGUUGACGAGGUUGUCGAAGGCCGUGGAAAGAAGAAAUUGAUGAAAGCCAUCAUGCCUCUGCUGGCUCUGGCCAAAGUAAAGAUCGGUAUCCUCUCGACCAUUGGAUACUUCGUCAUUGGUCUGUUAGCCAAAAAAGCGAUAUUCGCGUCGCUGAUCUCCCUCGCGAUAUCUGCAUUCAUCGGGUUGAAGGCUCUCUGGGAAAAGAAGAGUCACGGACUUGAUGUGACGGGUUACAACGCCGGUGGUUGGUCAUCGGGUGGUUCGGGUGGUUGGGCUCCUCCUCCGACGACCGGUGGAUGGUCAUCGGGUGGUUCCGCUGGUUGGGACGAUCACUCUUCGUUCGGUGCACACAGUCAGGCUUUCUCCGGUUAUCAUCAUUGAGAAUAAGACAAGGAGAAAGAGCGAGAUUUCAUCCGAGACAGAAACGUAGAUCAUGAAGAAGAAUCAAAAAUCUCUUGGUUGAAUGAACAAAAGUUGACGUCUCUUUUCUCGGUCACGGUCUUUCGGGGAUCAAAGAAUUCGUCGCCACAUUGGAGUCCUUUCUCAGGACUCAAAGCGGUAUGAACCAAUCUUCGUGGUUUAUGAUUACCGCGUGUUAAAACAAAAGGAAAUUGCGAAAUCCCCCGGAAGUCCGAGCAUGCCAUUCGAGUAAAUAUUUAUUCUUAUUUUUAUAAUAAUUUAUCGCCCUCCCCCCCCCCUCUCCUCUGCCCUUUAUAAAAUAACGCUGACCUCGAACGACGUUUUAUUCAAGGUCACCGAUGUAUAUAUCAUUCACAUGUACGUAUGUAUGCAUACAUUUUUUUCAUAUAUGUGUGUAUGUACAUAUUUAUACUUUUCUGUCUUCUGCCUGUCUAUCUUUCGGUCCAACCUGCCACGACUCCAUUGUAGUAUAAUACAAUCAGCGAUGCGCUCACGACUCUUCGGGUGUAGCUCGAGACACGCACGAUGUUACCUCGUUAACUCUCCCUUCCUGCAAUCCCACCUCCGUGUGUUCAACAAUAUGUUUUAUCUUUCAUUUCAUUACAUAGAUUUUCUUUUGCAUUUCACCACAUUACGAAUGCGCGUAAUCCAGUUGGACAUGUAAAGCAAAAAAUCUGAAUAGAGAGAGAGAGAGAGAGAGAGAGAGAGUGACGGAAAGAGAGAGCGAAAUAAUACACGUGUCGAUGAAGCACAACGGGAGACGCAGUCGCCAUUGUUUUGGGCUGGUCGUCACAAUCGUAACGAGAAAUUAUAAAAAAAACGUUCGUCGCAGUAAUGAAAUGAAAACCCAAAUGUACAAUUCCAUAUAUUAAAGAGACAAAAAAGCAACAAAAUAUCCGACGAA